AGUCUUUAACUUAUUGGAAAAGAAUGUUCUUAUGAACUGAUGUAACUGAAGCUCUAAUGGGAAAGUUUCUUCCUUGUGGUGGGUCCCUAGAUUAAUUGGGAUAUGGUCUCUGUGGCGUGAGGCGUCGGUAACGUUUGGAAUACUCUUUUCCAUUUUUGUCGUCACUAAGACCCACAUGGUUAUUGCUCACUUAACUUGAGAGACUUUCUUUGAAACUAGUUAUCAAAAUUUUGAUAAUCAUGAGAGAAGAGAGAGUGCCGUUGAGCUACAUUAACAGAGAUGUUGUGCCAUUUGCUGUAAUGGUAGCAGUGGAGUGUGUAACUGUUGGAUCGACCACACUGUUCAAGGCUGCGUCCUUGAAAGGAUUGAGCUUCUAUGUCUUUGUCUUCUACACUUAUGUUGUUGCUGCCCUUGUCCUUCUUCCACUUUCCCUCAUCUUUGGGAGGUCAAGAAGGUUACCUUCAGCCAAAGCUCCUUUCUUCUUCAAGAUUUUCUUGCUUGCGCUUGUCGGGUUCGUGUCGAUGCUAUCUGGCUGUAAAGGAGUAGAAUAUAGUAAUCCUACUCUUGCCUCUGCUAUCAGCACCCUCACGCCAGCUUUUACCUUCACCCUCGCCGUUGUCUUCAGGAUGGAACGGAUAGUGUUACAGAGCUCUGCGAGUCAGGCUAAGGUCAUUGGCACGAUAGUAUCUAUAUCUGGUGCUCUGGUUAUUGUGCUCUAUAAAGGCCCAAAACUUCUCUCUUCUGCAUCUCUUACAUCUUCAGAACCUACAGUUUGGCUUUACCAGGGUUUGACUUCUUUUGAUUCAAGUUGGAUUAUAGGAGGCGUUUUGCUCGUUACACAGUACUUGCUUGUCUCAUUAUGGUAUAUUCUUCAGACUCAGGUCAUGGAGGUGUACCCUGAAAAAACAACCGUAGUUUUGUUGUACAUCUUAUGCGCAACAGUAAUCUCAGCACCUGUUUGUAUGCUUGCGGAAAAAGAUUUGACUUCCUUUCUGCUUAAACCGGGUGUCCCACUCGCUUCAGUCAUGUAUACGGGAGGCUUAGUUUCAUCAUUGGGCACAGUUAUACACACAUGGGGUCUGCAUGUGAAGGGUCCAGUCUACAUCUCCUUGUUCAAGCCGUUGUCUAUUGUCAUUGCAGUUGUAAUGGCUGCUAUAUUCCUCGGUGAUCCACUUCACCUUGGGAGUGUCAUAGGAUCAGUGAUUUUGAGCUGUGGAUUCUACACUGUAAUUUGGGGCAAAGCAAGAGAGGAUUCAACCAGAAAUGUAGAUGGAUCCCAGAAGUUACCUUUGUUGGUUACAAACACCAUAGAAGAUGAUGCCUCGUCAUUAAGAUGUGACUGAUGCAAGUGGAGUACUUCUCAAUGGAUAUGGAGCCAUUAAGAUAUAAUAUGGUCCUCAAUAUAAAUACCUUGUAAAGAAGCUAAAAUCAUUAGCAUUCUGGUGUAUAUAUCUGGGGCUUUAAAUAUUGUUCUUUAUAAUAUAUGCUUCUUUCACUUUA